AGCAGGAUGGUGGAGGAGAAGCAGCUGAAGCUGAGCCACCUACAGCUGCCUGAGUUGCUGAAGGUGCUGGCAGAGGCCGUGGGCAUCAGGCAGGUUCCUGGGGAGGCACAUGAAGCUGCUGGUCCAGGGGUCAGGUACUGCAUCAAGGAGAUGGCCCGGGACACCCUCAAAUUCAUGCACAUGAGGAAGUGGUGCAAACUGAUGAUGCGAGAUGUCGACUUCGCCCUCAGGCUCAAAAACAUGGAACCCCUCUAUGGCUUCCACACUCAGGAAUUCAUCCCCUUCGUUUACACCAUUGGCACCAGCCAUAAGUUUUUUUUUUAUUAGGAAAAAGAGGUGGAUUUGAGUGACAUCAUCAACACCCCACUGUCAUGUGUCCCUCUCAAUGUCUGCCUCAAGGCUUACUGGCUCAGCAAUGAAGGGUUGCAGCUGGCCACCCCCAAAAACCUUCUACCAGCCUCCAAGGAGCAGCAGAAGGCCGAAGCCACAAAGCCCUUCAAGUCUACCAAGCUGGAACAGGAGGACAAUGGGACCCUGAAGGGGAAGGACCACCUGAAGGAGAAGCAGGGGCCCCUGCUGGAGGUCACCUGGCUGUUCCUCAAACCCUGCAGUGCCUGUGAGCUCUUGAUGGAGUAGCAGCUCUACUACAAUGUCACCAAGGCCGGCAUGGGCUCCUGCAAGGCCAAACCUCUCCAGAGCAUCAUCACUGACCCCAGUUUCUACCAGAUGCUUCCAUGUUUCAUCAUCUUUGUCUUGGAGGGGUUGAGGGCCAAUGUAGUGCAGAACAAGUUGGUGCUGUUCAUCUACCUUGUGUGGAUGGUGAAGGCUCUAAUGGACAACCACACUCUCUACCUGGAGAAAUCUCAUCCCUGCCAUAUGAUGUGCAUUGUGAGCCACCAGCUCUGCCUCCGUUCUGACAUGGACAACCACUGGGAUCUGCGGGACUUCGCCGCCUCGCUGGUGGCCCAGAUCUGCAAGAAUUUCUGCACCACCCCCCCCACCAUCCAGUUCCAUAUCAUCAGGACCUUCCCCAAGGUGGGGUGGGGGUCCUGGAGCCGGGUGGAGAAGAAAAUGCCCUGGACCACGUGCUACGGCUUCAUUGUGGGGCAGGCUGAAGUGGGUCACAGUGUCAUGAAGACAUUGUUGAUCCCAUGGCUGCAGGUGGAGGGCAAGUGGGCACGGAACAUUCUGGAAGGUCCCAUGGUCAGCAAUGUCAAUAGGAUCAGGGCCCACCAUGUCCAGACCUUGCUGCUAAAACACUGCACCCCGGUGCUGGCCAAGCUCCUGACCCCUGGUCCCAACAACCAGGACUCCUCCAAGGGGGAUUUUGGCUACCUGGGGGUUCUACUCUGCACCCCUGUGGGGAAGUCAUGGGCACAAGCUGCCAUGCAGGUCCAGCAGGUCAACAGGCCCACCCUGACUGUCACCCAAGGGAGGCCAUGUCCCACUCUGACCUUGUCACAGGCCCCCCAAGGUCAGAGGUCUCCACACCCCCCCAGCAUCAUCAAGGUCCCCAGUGCCAUCACACUGCCCAUGCAGACCCUGGUGUGGGCGUGCCCUGGGACAGCCCCCCAGCCCCUACCCACUCCCACCAAGUUCAUGACGUCAUUGGUGACCACCUUCAGCACCAGCUCAGCACCCACAGCCACAUCCCCUGUCACCUUAUCUGUCCCCAGUGUCAAGCCUGUGGUCAAACUGGUGUCAGCGGUGCCCACGGUCCCCAGUGCCACCAUCACCAGCAGUGUCCAGAAGUGUCUCGUGGCAUCCCUGCCCUCCACUGGUGACACCAAGGGGCACUGGGAUCCCCAAAGGGACUACCCUCAUGAUAAUACUAAAAAUCACACCUACAGGUCAAGAAGACCCUUGCCCAGGUGA